AUCCACCACCCCAUUAACCCUAGCAUAUUCACGCUUUUACGUUUUCUUUCAUCUUCUUUAACUAAAAAAUUGCACCAAUAAUAACGCAUCACUUCACCGGUCACCUCACCACCACCUUCUUCUUCUUCUUCUGCCUCUGACGCUUCCCCUACGCCUCUGCUUACUUUUUCACAGCACCUUUCUCUUUCUCCCUGUAGAAUGUCUCAGCCUCACUCCUCUAAACCUACCAGCACUAUUUUCAGUUCUGUUCCAUCACCACAGUGGACUCUUCUCUUUCUUCUUUUCCUUUGCACUGUUGGUUUCUACACUCUCCACCUCCCAAACUCUGCAGCUGCCUUUUCAAAUGUCCGAGAUGCCCUCCGCUUCCGCAACAUUUACCUCUCCUUCGCCACCAACUCCACCGUCUCCGCCUAUCUCCGGGCCCUCACCCUCCACCCUCACCUCGCCGGCACCCACCCCGCCCUCCAGACUGCCCGCUUCGUCCACUCCCACUUCGCCGACCUAGGGCUUCGGACCCACACAGUUGAUUAUAGAGCUCUUCUCUCUUAUCCUUUGCACGCCUCGCUCUCGGCACAUUUUAGUGAUGGGAGCUCCAGGGAGCUGCCGUUGGUGGAGCCGGGUGGGGCCGGGGCGGAGGUGGUGAGGCCGUACCAUGCCUACUCGCCGUCGGGGGCGGUGACGGGGGCGCAGGCGGUGUAUGUGAAUCUGGGGAGGGAGGAGGACUACCGUGCCCUGAGGAGGGUCGGGGUGGAUGUUAAGGGGUGUGUGGCGGUGGUGAGAAGGGGGGAGGAGACGAGGGGAGGGGUGGUGGGGAGGGCGGCAGAGGAGGGGGCGGUGGCGGUGCUAAUGUACACGGAGGGGGAGAGUAUGAGUGGGGUUGAGAGAGGGACGGUGAUGAAAGGCUUGGGGGACCCACUAACUCCCGGGUGGGGUGGUGUUGAGGGUGGUGAGGCUUUGAACUUGGAGGACUCUCAGAUUUUGAACAGAUUUCCCAAAAUUCCAUCUAUGCCCAUUUCACCUGAAGUUGCUUACUCCAUUUUGAGGUCCCUUGAGGGCCCUCAAAUGCCCCACCACUGGAGAGGUGAUGCCCUAGGUCCCCAACCCGGUCGGGUUGGACCCGGUCCGACUCUUUUGAACUUCACGUACCAGGCGGAGAAAAAGAUAGCUACCAUUCAUAAUGUUUUUGCUAUCAUAAGGGGAUCUGAAGAGCCCGAUCGCUAUGUCCUGCUUGGUAACCACAGAGAUGCAUGGACAUAUGGAGCUGUUGACCCCAAUAGUGGAACUGCAGUGCUACUUGACAUUGCUCGUAGAUAUGCUCUUAUGAUGCGUCAGGGGUGGCAACCUCGGAGGACAAUUGUUCUAUGCAGUUGGGAUGCAGAAGAGUUUGGGAUGAUAGGAUCUACUGAGUGGGUCGAACAAAACCUUUUGAAUCUGGGUUCUAAAGUUGUAGCAUACCUUAAUGUAGACUGUGCAGUUCAAGGACCAGGCUUCUUUGCUGGUGCAACACCUCAGCUAGAUGAUCUUCUCAUUGAGGUUGCAAAGAAGGUCCAGGAUCCUGACUCAGAGAGCAUGACCAUAUAUGAUAACUGGAUGAUUACAAAUAAAGUCAUCAAUAUCCAGAGGCUAAGUGGAGUGGAUUCUGAUUUUGCUCCACUUUUGCAACAUGCAGGGGUUCCUUCUGUUGAUUUAUACUAUGGAAGAGAUUUUCCAGUCUAUCACACUGCUUUUGACUCCUAUAACUGGAUGACAAACCAUGGGGAUCCAUUGUUUCAACGUCAUGUGGCUGUAGCUGGAGUUUGGGGACUUCUAGCUCUUCACCUGGCUGAUGAUCCUAUUUUAGCUUUCAACUAUGUCUCUUACACAGAACAAUUAUGGAACUACACAAAUCUCUUACGCAACUUGGUGAAAGGUAAUGUAUCCCUGCACCCUAUAACUGCAUCCAUUCAGGAACUCGCCUCUGCAGCCAAAGAAGCUGAGGGAGAAGCAAAGAAACUGAGAGAAGAGGAAAUAAAUAGUGAGUUUUUGGUAUUGAAGAAGCGGGCAUUAAAUGAUCGACUGAUGCUUGCUGAAAGAGGCUUCCUGGAUGCUGAUGGGCUUCAAGGGAGGCAAUGGUUCAAGCAUCUGGUUUAUGGGCCUCGUGGUGACUCAGAAAGCAAGCUGAUAUUCUUCCCUGGAAUAGCAGAUGCCAUAUCUGCAUCCACAAGAAUGAAGAGGAAAGAAGGUGAAGCAGCAAUUCAGCAUGAGAUAUGGAGGGUUGCCAGAGCCAUUGAAAGGGCGUCCAGUGCUCUUAGAGGAGGAAUCUUCACUGAGAAAUGAUGAUAAAGAAAACCUACACAUAGAGAGGUGAGAUGAGACGACAGGAAUUAAUAAUAUAUGCCCUUUUGACUUGUACAUAGAUGAGGCAGUAGUGAUUUUGCUUUGUUUUUUUUCUUAUAUUAUUUGGUUUGGAUUUGAGAAACAUAUAGAUAGUUGGAUACACAGCUAUUGUAAAUUACCAUAUGUGAAAUAUUAUGUAUAUUAGUUAUUUUUUUGGUGUUC